UCAGCUUCGUUCUGCUUUAAUAGAGGUUAUGUUGUGUUGUUGUUAUGUUGUACCGCAUGGUUAUGUUUGUUCCUUUGUGCUAGAUUUUUGUUAACGAAUUUAAUUAUUAUUAGUCCUAUUAUGGAUUCAUCAGGAGAAGAUAGUGUAAUAUCUGAAAACGAGUCACAGGACCUUAUCGAGAAGGAUAAUUUGGAUAAGGAUAAAGUUUUAGCUGAAUCAAAUGGAAAGCUCACUUUCAAGGAUUUGGGAGUGGUAGAUGUUCUGUGUGAAGCAUGUGCUGCAUUGAACUGGAAACAUCCGUCAGCCAUUCAGAAAGAAGCAAUACCUCUGGCCCUUAAAGGUAAAGACGUCAUUGGACUCGCGGAGACAGGUUCAGGCAAGACAGCAGCGUUUGCUAUUCCUAUCCUCCAGGCCUUGUUAGAAACUCCACAGAGAUAUUUUGCUCUGAUAUUGACUCCUACAAGAGAAUUGGCGUAUCAGAUUUCUGAACAGUUUGAGGCUCUAGGUUCCAGUAUCGGUGUACAAUGUGCUGUCAUUGUGGGUGGAAUGGACAUGAUGUCUCAGGCCUUGACACUCGCCAAGAAACCUCACAUUAUCAUUGCGACUCCUGGCCGUCUUGUGGACCACCUCACCAACACCAAGGGCUUCAACCUCAAAGCCUUGAAAUACCUGGUAAUGGAUGAGGCAGAUCGCAUUCUCAACAUGGACUUUGAGGUAGAGGUGGACAAGAUACUGAAGGUUAUCCCUAGAGAGAGGCACACAUUCCUGUUCUCCGCCACCAUGACCAAGAAGGUGCAGAAGUUGCAGAGAGCCUCUCUCGUUGACCCUGUGAAGGUCGAGGUCUCCACUAAAUACAAGACUGUUGACCAGCUGCAACAGUACUACAUCUUCAUCCCACUCAAGUUCAAGGAUGUGUAUCUGGUCCAUUUGCUGAAUGAAUUGGCCGGCAACUCAAUGAUGAUCUUCUGCGCGACCUGUGCCAACACGCUGCGCACUGCGUUGAUGGUCCGGAACCUUGGAAUGGCCGCCGUGCCACUCCACGGCCAAAUGUCACAGAACAAGAGGCUCGCUGCUCUCACCAAAUUUCGGGCAAAGAGCAGAUCCAUACUGAUCUCCACAGAUGUUGCCAGCAGAGGUUUAGAUAUUCCCCACGUUGAUGUAGUUAUCAAUUUUGACAUCCCCACGCACAGCAAGGAUUACAUACACCGAGUUGGACGCACCGCCAGAGCUGGUCGCUCAGGAAAAGCCAUCACCUUUGUCACUCAGUAUGAUGUGGAGCUGUACCAGAGGAUAGAGCAGCUGAUUGGCAAGAAGCUACCAUUAUACAAGACAGAAGACGAGGAGGUGAUGUGCCUUCAGGAGAGAGUGGAUGAAGCACGCAGGGUCGCCAAGAUGGAAAUGAAAGACUUGGAUGAAAAGAAGGGCAAGAGGAAGAAAGGUGGCAUUGAUGAUGAUACGGAAGAGUCAACAGGUGUUCAGAAACGGUUGAAAGGGAACAAGAAUAAAAACAACAAAAAUAAAUCCUUUAAAAGGAAAGCAUAGUUUUAUAAGUUUGUUAUAUUAAACUAUUUUUCUAACAAAA